AUGAAGUCUAACACAAUUUCUUCUUUUGAUCAAGAAUUAAUUCAUUCUGCUGUGGUCGAUGCUUCCAAUAUUAAUGUAUUGGCCAAAGAUCUCAGCAGUAUAUGUCUCAAGGGCGACUCUGAAGUUCAAUGGCUGUUAAGGACCGUUGGAUUUAUUGAUCUGACAACCCUAGCUGGUGACGAUACUUCGGCCAACGUUCAUAGGCUUUGUGCAAAAGCCAAACGCCCUCUUAGCACUCCCAUUUUGGAGCAAUUAUCCAAACGGUAUGGUGUAAUGCCAGAGGAAGUCAGGACAGCCGCUGUUUGUGUGUAUCCUUACCAAGUAAAGACUGCUUCUGAUUACUUAAAGCGAAUUGGAAUGCCCGAAAUGCCCAUCGCAGCUGUCGCUACUGGUUUUCCGUCUGGUCAAUAUUCUCUUAAAUCAAGACUCGAGGAAAUAACGUACGCUAUUGACAGUGGAGCCUCCGAAAUUGACAUUGUUAUUAACCGAACGCUUGCCCUCGAAGGAAAAUGGAAAGACAUGUAUGAUGAAGUGUGCGCUAUGCGCCAGGCGUGUGGCAGUCGUGCACAUCUGAAAACGAUUCUCGCUGUUGGUGAAUUGGGUUCUUAUGAAAAUGUUUAUGCGGCUUCUAUGACGUGUAUGCUUGCUGGUGCUGACUUUAUCAAGACAUCAACUGGCAAAGAGACUACUGUUAAUGCAACUCUUCCUGUCAGCGUUGUGAUGUGUCGGGCGAUUGCUGACUUCCAGGACGUAUACGGAAUCAAGGUUGGUUAUAAGCCAGCUGGUGGUUUGAAGACCUGGAAAGACGCUCUUGAGUUCACGGCCUUGGUGAACAGCCUGUUGGGUCCUGAUUGGGUGAACCGCGAAUACUUCCGAAUCGGAGCGAGUUCUUUGCUGGGUGGGAUCGAGGCCCGCUUGUACAGUCUCCUGCACAGCGGACAGACACCGUCUCCUGGCGAGCUUGCUUUAAUGUAA